AUGUCGAAACUCAAGGUCGCCAUCUCUCAGUCGCACACGCGGCAGACUCUAGCAGAUACCCUUAUUGCGCUCAAGCACACUGCUUUGGCUGCGGCCGCUCGGGGUGCCGACAUCCUUCUCUUCCCCGAGGCUUACCUUGGAGGUUAUCCCCGCACUGCCACUUUCGGUACACGCUUUGGCUUCCGCGAAGCCCAUGGCCGUGAACAGUUCCUGCAUUACUUCAAUGGAGCCGUCGAUCUGGGAGACACUCCAGCUGGAGCCGGGGAUGAUUGGGUGGACAAGAAACUGCCCGUGGCCAAAGGGAAACAGUACCGCGGCGACGGGACGCGAGAGACUCUGGAGCAGAUCGCUAAUGAAACUGGGCUUCUGAUAAUUGUGGGAGUCAUUGAGCGAGCAGGUGGCAGUCUGUAUUGUUCAGCAUUGUAUGUCGAUCCCCAACGGGGCGUCCUGGGGAAGAGGAGGAAGGUCAUGCCGACCGGCUCCGAACGCCUCGUUUGGGCUCAAGGGUCGCCUUCCACACUCAAGGCCGUCACGACAGAAAUUAAAGGCGUGAAAUUGACGUUGGCUGCUGCGAUCUGCUGGGAGAACUACAUGCCUCUGCUUCGUCAAAGUCUGUACUCUCAGAAUGUUAACCUCUACCUGGCUCCGACUGUCGACAGCCGCGAGACUUGGCUUCCUCUUAUGCGAACAAUUGCCCUAGAAGGCAGAACCGUUGUUCUAUCUGCCAGUCAAAGCGGUCGUCACAAAGAACUCCCUAGCUGGGUCACCCAAGCGCCGGAAGGGGAGAAGAUAGACGCAGAUCCAGAAGAAUGGACUAGUGGGGGCGGCUCUUGUAUCGUUGGGCCUCUGGGGGAGAUUCUUGCUGGGCCCAUCUGGAACGUAAACGAUGAUAGCGAUCCCGAUACCGCCCUGCAAAUUGUUGAAGUCGACUUUGAUGAUUGUGUUCGCGGUAGACUAGACCUUGAUGUGGCUGGGAGCUACUCCCGGAACGAUUCAUUCACUCUCAAGGUCGAGGGCUUGGAUCUGAGUCCACCUGCUCUAUAA